AUGGAGACGUAUAGCGGCCACCUCGCGGCCGAGCUGCUGGACGUUACCGGAAGGUACUUACACGCCUGCAAUCUCAAGAGUUUUGUCCUGCCGCUGCCGUUCUGCGAUGAGACGAUACUCGACAGGAGCUCCCUUAUGGUCAAGGUGCUAGGAAACGCCUCAUGUCUCUCCAAGGAGCAAUUGUUUGACGUCGUACAUGCCCUCGCUGGAGAUGAACGCAAGCCACGAUCCAAAUUCGAUGAGUUCUCACGAGCGUACGACACUGUGGGGGCGAGGCAUCUGCCUACGCGAAGUGUGCGUAAGGUACAGCCACCUCAAAGCGGAAUACGAAGCACUUUGAGGCCCUCGACCACCGCCAUGAGCGAAAAGCUCAUGGUAGAGCUUUCUUCCAUGCAUGAACCCGCAAAAAUCGCACAAAAAAUAGAUGAAGCUCUCUGCCAAAUAUCGCAAAGUGACACAGUAGGAUUCGUCCUAAUUAUCGCAGCCGAAAGGAAUACAGACAAUGCAGCUAGUGAAGACAACGGCCAACUUCUGCCACUGGCAGGGGCUCUUGUGGAAAUACUGGACGCUGAAGAGCACUGCAUCAGGUGUCUCUGGUGCGAUCCGAAGCUUAUCAAAAAAGACGAUCCAGAGUUCGAGAAAAUACUCGCUAUCAGGGUGCUAGGGCACCUCUUCGACUACGGGUUCCCAGGGGCACCCUUAAACAACAAACUCAAGCAUGCUUCGGUGCUAAAUGUGCAUGGAAUACUCUUCCCGAACGCUGCGUACACCUUCCUCAUCAACGGGCUCAAGUUCGGCAAACACUUCGAAACGCAGCAGAACGGAGGGUCGCACGAGGAUUCAAGCUCAAACUUCUGCAGAUGCCACAGGUUGGCGGAGUCACCAGAUGCUGAACUCUUUUGGGGAAUCUCGGAAUCGAGGCUCAGAACGACCUUUUAUAACAUCAAGGGCAAUAUACCGGUAAAACCGUCCGAACACACGUUGUCGAGACUCCAAAAAAUACUAAAACGGAGCAAAUAG